AUGGACAUUGCGAUGGCGUUUGAAGAUUUUCGUAUUGUCCAUUCUGGCCUUAAUGAUGUUCUGGAUAACAGUAUUGGAGGAUUUGGCAUCUUUUUCGGACAGAUUGAUGACGACAAGGAGAUAUCCGCAACAUCUUAUGAUAGCUGGGUCGCUGGGUCGCUGGGUAACAACCGCAUCGUUAAGAACACCCGUAAGAUCGAGAUGCCUUGGGACCAGUUGGCUAUUGAGGCCUCUGAGUGGCGCCGUCUCAUUAACCAUGAGGAGCUGGUUGCUGCUAGGCAUGCGGCCGUUUCGGCCUUCCGCACCCUGCGCGUUCUCGCCGUCGACACUCAUCUGCCUGCUGACCACAUCGAUCAUGACACCAUGUCUGCAUACCUGGCAGGCUUUCCUUUCUCUUGGGAAGUGUAG